UCCACGAAUAUUAGAAAUCCAAUUGGUAAAAGGUAAAGAAUUUUCAGUUGGUACAAUAAUAAUUUUUUUUUCAUAGUGGAAUAUCUUCAAAUCCGUUCUAUUCUGUGUAUAAAAUUUUCCUAAAGUAAUUUUAGCUUUGGGAAAUUAUUUAUAUAUGUACCUAAACGCUAUUUCUUCCGUAUUGUACAACAAAUAGAACUGUACCUAAAUGCACGCAUUCUCUUCAUACCGCGCUUUAAAUUUCAGCAAAAAAGCGAUACACAAUAUUUAGUGAAGUCUGAAAUGUCCACGCACGAUGGUUCUUUCAGCGAGGAUGCCUACUGUUCUGUGCCACCUAGUGUUGGAGUAGAUAUGACGCAGCAGUUGUUAGCGCAACAUGUGAAUCCAGCAGCAGCUCCACCGCAAACGCUUUUGAUGGGACACCCAUAUAUGUCGCCCCCUACACAACCGCGGCAGCAGCAACAUCAGCAUCAAGUCCAACAACAAUAUAAUGAGUAUAUUUAUAAUUUGUACGCCUCACAACCUGGACAGCCGGAAACUUAUUCUGUGCUUCCCGUUGGUCAUGGAAAUUUUUUAAAAGUGUAUCACUGCCAAGAAAAUGCUGCUAAUGCUGCGUUAACCAACGAAGCCAAUGGUUUAUAUCACGGACAGUCGCCACAACAGGCUCCGCCCUCGCAGUAUCCCCAACCGCAUCAAGCGUUCCAAAUGCACCAACCACAACCGCAGCCGCCCCCUCCGCAAUUCUUUAAUAGCUAUGAGCUCUUCUCAAGCAAUACCUUAAUGCCUACUCCAGACAACCAGCCUACUCUCAGUCGCUCUGAUAUAAAAACUGGAACAUUGCAAGUGACGCAACAGGCACCCAUUUUUAUGAUGAAUAAUCACGAAGAAGCUAUGUGUCAACAGGGAGUUAAUACGACAUCUACUAAUAUGAUAAUAAACAAUCUUGUACAUAAUUGGUCACCAAAAGUAACUGGCGCACCCAUUCAACAACUUCCAAUGCAAUCACCCAAUGUAUUACAUAAUUCAGACAUAUGUAGUACUGCCAUAGAAACCGAAAUUAAUAAUGGUGGCAAUAUACAUAAUGUGUCAGGCGAUUCCGAUGUUGUUGAAGAGUCAAUUCAAUUUCCAAUUUCUCCAGUCCCUAUUCAGACACAUCCAACGCCUGUAUUGUCACCUAAUUCACAGUCUCCCAUAAGCAGUAAUGAAAAUCAAACAAAUUCUAAAGAAGCUCUAACACCUACAUCAACGAGCUCAGUUUCAAUGUCACCAACAUCAACAACUAACGUAACUGCUCCUGAGGUGAAGAAACGAAUUGUUGCAGAAGUAAAGCCAAUGCGAAUGUCUUAUUCAGAUGUUCUAAGCAAAGUAAAUAGCCAGCAAUCUGAAACAAUACAGUUGAACCACAAUAAUAAGCAAUCACAGGCGGGAAGAAGCGGUAAAACAAUAGCUUCUGAACGGAAGGGUGAUAAUAUCAAGAAUUGCAUGGAGAAUGCACAGGGAAAUGUAGGAUUAACUCGACGGCAAAUAAGUUUUGAAGAUGAGGCAGCCGGACGAGUAAGUAAAAAAUCUCCAACGCACGAAAACAAGGAAAAUUUACAGCAAUUUCCGAAUGGUGGUGUUUCAAAGAACACCAAACGUUCAAGUCAAAGCAACAUCACUGUAAGUUCCAAUUCGACAUCAAACAAUAUCAGCAUCAAUAAUAAUACUCAAAGCAAGAUUGGGCAGAAAGUAAACCAAAAGUUAAACAUCUCAGAAACAGGCAUUAAUCCGACGGGUGGUAAUAAGAGCAACAAUAAUUUAAGUAAUAAGAAGCGCACUAAUCGACGCAACGAAGUGGACUCAAAUAAAACAGAAAUAAAUAGUCAAAAGAAUCUAAAAUCGAAUUCUUUUAAUGGUGAUAAAGAUUUCAAUGUUUAUUACAAUGUAACGGCAAAGAACAAUGAAAGUGGAGAACGUGUUUCUAGGUCAAAUAAUAAUGGAUACGUAGCCGGAUCAAAUAACGCUAAUUCAGCUACUGCAAAUGCAAGAAAACCAAACAAAUCUUCUUCAUUCUACGGUAAUUCUAACACAUCAUCGUACACUACAAAUCAAUCACGCACACGUUAUGGAAAUGCUAAUUCGAAUUCAUCCUAUUCAUAUUCGUCAAAACGCAACCGAAACACCAACUCCUCCUAUAAUGCUUCGGCAGUGUCAACGAAUAAAAACUAUGAAUUAGCGAAAAAAUUUCUCUGUGCAUGGCUGGAAUAUACCAUAAAGAUAUUGACUUGGCUGUUCUAUUUGGUGUAUGAUAUUGUCGUGCUAGGAUGCAGUGUGGCUUAUGAUCGUUUGGUGCAUGUCUGCGAAUGUAGCUUUGUGUAUAUGCAACAGUUGCGAAAAGAUUUUAAACAGAACUCAAAUAAACCGAGUAUUUGGCUGAAAAGCUAUUGGAAACGAUUUGACGCGCGGUUUCAAAAGAAUUCCCAAUGGGCCUUGUGGCGACGUUUCUAUCAAAAGAAACCGCCUGAAGCGUCAGCGGAAAGUAUGAAAAGUGGUCGACUACCACAGACAGGUGGGGAGGCCAUGUAUUCGCUACUUAAUUGUAAAGGAAAAGAUGCCUAUAGCAUACUGGGAGUGCCGCCCGAUUGUUCACAGGAGCAGAUACGUAAGCACUACAAGAAGAUUGCUGUUUUAGUACAUCCGGAUAAGAAUAAACAAGCUGGCGCAGAAGAAGCUUUUAAAGUGCUACAAAGAGCCUUUGAAUUAAUUGGAGAGCCGGAAAAACGUCUUGCCUAUGACCAGAGUCUAGCUGAAGCUUUACACGCUGAAAAAGCUUGGACUGAGCUGCACGAUUUGUUAUCACAAUUACAAACUAAAAUAACUGAAGCUGCCAAUACGAUAAGGUGUAGUACUUGUGGUUUGCGACAUCCCAGACGAAUAACAGAACGGCCGCACUACGCUGCUAGAGAAUGCGCUUCCUGUAAAAUUCGACAUUCUGCCAGAGAGGGAGAUAUUUGGGCAGAAACCAGCAUGUUGGGGUUACGUUGGCGGUAUCUAGCACUUAUGGAGGGUAAAGUCUACGAUAUUACAGAAUGGGCGAACUGUCAAAAAGGAGCACUUUCACAUUUGGAACCCAACUCCCACAUGGUACAAUACCGCAUUGUGCGCGGCGCACAGCAACAGCAACAACAGCAGCAGCAACAACAACCAACCACACAUUCGCCGCAUCACCAAAAUCCACAACAGCCGUAUUCUCAACAACCAGGAACGCACCAUGAACGAAAUGGCAAUGGAAAAUUCAAACGUAAUAUUCCAACAAGUGAAGCAUCUUUACACGAGUUUCUCGAUAACUUGUAUAGCGGCCAACACCCAAAUCCGGGAAAUUCAGCAUCGACUUACUCGAACCCAUCACGUCGACGUACACGUCGCAAUUAAUUCAACAUCGCUUGGAUUAGUUAUAAUCUCUCAAUAUGUCUCCCCUUCAAACGUACAACUUUUUAUUAUUUCAUUUAAUUAGUUAGAUGAAACAAAACUACUUUUAAUCCUAAAAUAUGCAUUAUUGCAUUAUAUGACCACAGAAUAAUUUAAAUUAAUAUUUGUUACUUGCAUACAUGUGUACGUAUAAACAAGUGCCGUGCAAAUGCAAACGACAAUGCAUAUGUAGAUAUAUACAUAUGUAUUUUCAUUCAGUUGUUAUGACUUAUAUUCUUAGAGUUAUCUAUAUUCUCUAUUUUUUUCAACCUAACUGUAUGUUGCCGAUUCGAUGACAACACAAAUGCGAAGGAUAUAAAUUACAUAUUUAAUGUGCACGUCUCGUUUUAACGAAAUUUCUACAAACUAAUAACAAAUAUCUUCUACAAAAGAAGCAAAAACAAAACAAAAAAAUUUCAAAAUUAAUACAACGUGAAACCACAACUAGCAAACAUAUUCAGGCGUAAAAAAAUUUCACACAUUAUAUGUUAUCCUCGAAACACUUAUGACUGCAAUAUAUGCAUGUGUAUGAAUGUUAUGUACUAUAUAUUGUAUUUAAGUGCAUUUGAUGUAUGAUUAGCUGAAAAAUCUAAUAAACUAAAUGAGCAACAUGCUAUAAAUGCACAGUUGUGAACAUGCAAGAGA